GGCUAAAGUUUACCCAUCCUAACUUGUUAAACUAGUUUAUUUUAAAUCCUUGUGCAUUCCUCCUUAAGUCAGGUUACAAGCCUGAAAGAAUGCCCAGGAUGCUACUCAUUUGACAAGAAAUCACAAAGCAGUGUGGAGGUGGAGAAGCCUGCAUUGUCAAGUAUAACAUGUAUCAGCCGGCAAGACAGGGUAGAACAAGUUUGUUGAAACCAUGGAUGAUUGGUCUUAUUGUUACAGCUGUUGUGGUGGUUCUGGCAAUAAUUAUUGUUCUCCUUGUAUACUUUUUAUCAUUUGACCAAACAUCUUACUAUUACCAAACUUCUUUCCGGGUACCUAGCAUUGUCUAUAAUCCAGAAUUUUCAACAGAACAUUCAAAAAUGAGAAAUGAUUUAGAGAAAAAAAUCACUAGUGAGAUAGAUAACAUAUUUCAAAGCUCCAGUUUAAAUCAUCAGUAUAUCAACUCUCAUGCUGUCAACUUUAGGUCAAGUAAUGAUGGUUUGAAAACAGAUGUGUUGCUUAAAUUUCAGUUUGUCACUAGCAAUGCAAAUACAAUGAAAAGGCAAGCUGAUAACAUUUUGCAACAGAGACUGAAAUCAAAUGAAAGCUUCUUGAAGAUAGAUGCUUCAAUGCCUUAUCUUAAAGAUAUGAAAGAAUUACAAGCAGAGCACAUUCUGAAUAGCCGUUGUGGCUUAGGAAGGGAGCCUCCAUCUUUGGAUAGAAUUGCAGAUGGUAGAAUUUCAAGGAAAAGUGCUUGGCCAUGGCAAGCCAGCCUCCAAAUAGAUGGCACCCAUUUCUGUGGAGCAUCUUUGAUCAGUGAGGAAUGGCUCCUGACUGCCGCUCAUUGCUUUGACACUUAUAAAAACCCCAAACUAUGGACGGCUAGUUUUGGAAUUACUCUAAGCCCUGCACUGAUGAGACGACCGGUGCAGUCAAUUAUCACCCACGAAGGUUAUUCGGCCCACAAGCACGAUGAUGACAUUGCUGUAGUGAGACUGUCCACCCCGGUUGUGUUUUCCAAAGAUGUGAGCAGAGUCUGUCUCCCAGAUGCAUCUUUUGAAGCCUUGCCUAACAGUCAUGUGUUUGUCACUGGAUGGGGAGCAUUAAAAGCAAAUGGUCCCUUCCCCAAUAAUCUGAGAGAAGUUGAAAUAAAGGUCAUAAGUAAUGACAUAUGUAAUAAAGUUAAUGCAUAUGGUGGUGCUGUGUCAUCAGGAAUGCUAUGUGCUGGAUUCUUGACGGGAAAACUAGACGCCUGUGAGGGUGACUCUGGGGGGCCUCUGGUUAUACCACGUGAUGGACAUAUCUGGUAUGUUAUAGGAAUAGUAAGCUGGGGAAUAGACUGUGGAAAAGAAAACAAGCCUGGAAUUUAUACCAAAGUGACACGUUAUAGGGACUGGAUUAAAUCUAAGACUAAUAUCUGAUUCAACAAUCCAAAUCUACACAUCCAAAAAGUUCCUGUGUGACUUCUCAUGAAGAGUGUCUAGUGUGUAUUGUCAUGUACAUUGCCAUUAAGUUAAAGAUGUCAAUAAGCACAAUCUGAAAACUCUACUGGAAAACACAAGGAAAACACUCACCUCAUAUGAAUGGUUUUGCUAACCACAUACAUACAAGAUACUGUCAGUUCCACAAAGAUCUGCCAUUGCAGCUAAGUGUCUAUCAUUACCUCCUUGAACAUUUCCCUGUUCCUACUGAACAGGUUUCAUUUUAGAACAACUAAGCAGAUACUAACUAGCUCAGCAUUGUCUAUUUUUAUCCCUGACAAAGUAUUCUGCCCUUUCCUGACUCCAUGGUUUUGAUGUUAUUUAGUAGAGUUUUUUUUUUUUUUAAUUGGGAGCUCAAUGGUUUACAGUACAGUUAUUGGCAUGAGUACAGUUUCCCAUCUCACCCCCACCUUAGGUCCUUUGCUAUCAUCAUGUUCCAGGACCUGAAAGACUCCACAGUUUUUAUCUUCCUCCUCAAAUAAUCCCUGUUGUGAACCCGUAAGGGUACAAUAUUAGACAAAUUAAAUCUGUGUGUUUGGGUCAAAACAUUACUAGCACAACUGAUGGAGUGACAGGGCACAUGAAACUUGAACUUAAGAAGCGGUGCUACUGUCUUUUCUUCCUUUCCCUUAGAUAUGCAUUUAACCUCUCUGAAAUUUUUUUGAAGUGAACACAUAUGUUUGUACCCAAUAGUGAAGAUUUUGACCUCUUUAGCUAUGAUAAUGUUUACUUUAAAUAAAUCCUUGAAUCAGACUGUUGGAAAAGUAGAAACAUUACACAGAAUUCUGUUCUAAUUAUGUAAAAGACUAUUUAUAUUUAAAAUGCAAAAGUACAACUUUUUGACCUUUUUGCCAAGUAGAAAUGAGAAGAGUCAAGACUUCAGAACAAUUAAGGGACCUGAAGAAUGAGAUUUCAGUUAUUAUGUACUAUAGACAUAUAAAUUAAGACACUAUAAAUUAGACAUUCAUAACUAACACAUAAUCAAAUAGAAAAAUUAGAUGUUUAUCAACAAUCUGCUACAAAAUUUUGUGACACAUGUUCUUUUUUAACACUAAAAUUUAUUGUUAAGAUACAAAUUCUUUAGUAAUUGUUAAAUUUAUUGUUAAAAUAUCAUCUUUCUUUGAAGAAUGGCAUUUACAAAGAAUAUCCAAGUAAGCAAAAAAGAAUCUUAGAAAAGAUUCAAUUGCUAUGGUAAAAAUAGCUGUUAUCAUAUGUAUCCAAAUAUGUAUUUUAUGACUUUGUACAUUACCAUGAUUAGUAUUUAACAAA